UUGACCCUGCGGGCCGGGAACAGGGAGAGAUGCGGAGCCAGGCCGCCUGCGUCUCCCUCUCCACGCCGCUGCCGCCGCCGCUGCUAUUGCUGUUGCUGCUGUUGCUGCUGCUGCUGCCAUCGCCACUACUGGGAGACCAAGUGGGACCCUGUCGUUCCCUGGGACCCGGGGGCCGCGGCUCGUCGGGGGCCUGUGCCCCGGUGGGCUGGCUCUGUCCAGCCUCAGCCUCGAACCUAUGGCUCUACACCAGCCGCUGCAGGGAUGCGGGAACCGAGCUGAUUGGCCACCUGGUGCCCCACCACGAUGGCCUGAGGGUCUGGUGUCCAGAAUCCGGGGCCCAUAUUCCUCUGCCCCCAGCCCCUGAAGGUUGUCCCUGGAGCUGCCGCCUCCUGGGCAUCGGGGGCCACCUUUCCCCGCAGGGCAGGCUCACCCUGCCCCAGGAGCACCCUUGCUUAAAGGCCCCACGGCUGAGAUGCCUGUCCUGCAAGCUGGCACAGGCCCCCGGGCUCAGGACAGGACAGGGGCCACCGGAAGGGUCCCUGGGUGGACGUCGGAAGAGGAAUGUGAAUACGGCCCCCCAGUUCCAGCCCCCCAGCUACCAGGCCACCGUGCCCGAGAACCAGCCCGCAGGGACCUCUGUUGCCUCCCUGCGGGCCAUCGACCCCGACGAGGGUGACGCCGGGCGGCUCGAAUACACCAUGGACGCCCUCUUCGAUAGUCGCUCCAACCAUUACUUCUCCCUGGACCCAAUCACUGGAGCUGUUACCACGGCCGAGGAGCUGGAUCGUGAGACCAAGAGCACGCAUGUGUUCAGGGUCACGGCGCAGGAUCAUGGCAUGCCCCGGCGAAGUGCCCUCGCCACGCUCACCAUCCUGGUCACCGACACUAACGAUCAUGAUCCUGUUUUCGAGCAGCAGGAAUACAAGGAGAGCCUCAGGGAGAACCUGGAGGUUGGCUACGAGGUGCUCACUGUCCGAGCCACAGACGGGGACGCCCCUGCCAAUGCCAACAUCCUCUACCGCCUGCUGGAGGGGCCUGGGGGCGGUCCCUCGGAAGUCUUCGAGAUCGACCCUCGCUCUGGGGUGAUACGGACCCGUGGCCCUGUGGAUCGGGAAGAGGUAGAAUCCUACCAGCUGACUGUGGAAGCCAGUGACCAGGGUCGGGACCCUGGUCCGCGGAGCGCCACGGCCGCUGUCUUCCUGUCGGUGGAAGAUGACAAUGACAACGCCCCCCAGUUCAGUGAGAAGCGCUACGUGGUCCAGGUGCGGGAGGACGUGACCCCAGGGGCCCCGGUACUCAGGGUCACAGCCUCAGAUCGCGACAAGGGCAGCAACGCCCUGGUGCACUACAGCAUCAUGAGUGGCAAUGCUCGGGGACAGUUUUAUCUGGACGCCCAGACUGGGGCCCUGGACGUGGUGAGCCCUCUUGACUACGAGACAACCAAGGAGUAUACGCUCCGGGUGCGGGCACAGGAUGGCGGCCGCCCCCCACUCUCCAACGUCUCCGGCUUGGUGACCGUGCAAGUCCUGGAUAUCAAUGACAAUGCCCCCAUCUUCGUCAGCACCCCCUUCCAGGCUACCGUCCUGGAGAGCGUCCCCUUAGGCUACCUGGUUCUCCACGUGCAAGCUAUUGACGCAGAUGCCGGUGACAAUGCCCGCCUGGAAUACCGUCUUGCCGGGGUGGGGCACGACUUCCCGUUCACCAUCAACAACGGCACAGGCUGGAUCUCCGUGGCUGCUGAGCUGGACCGAGAGGAAGUUGACUUCUACAGCUUUGGCGUGGAGGCCCGAGACCACGGCACCCCAGCACUCACUGCCUCAGCCAGUGUCAGCGUUACCAUCCUGGAUGUCAAUGACAACAACCCAACCUUUACCCAACCGGAGUACACAGUGCGGCUCAAUGAAGAUGCCGCCGUGGGCACCAGCGUGGUGACGGUGUCGGCCGUGGACCGCGACGCCCACAGUGUCAUCACCUACCAGAUCACCAGCGGCAACACCCGCAACCGCUUCUCCAUCACCAGCCAGAGCGGUGGCGGGCUGGUAUCCCUCGCCUUGCCCCUGGACUACAAGCUGGAGCGGCAGUACGUGCUGGCCGUCACUGCCUCCGAUGGCACACGGCAGGACACUGCACAGAUCGUGGUGAACGUCACCGAUGCCAACACCCAUCGCCCUGUCUUUCAGAGCUCCCACUAUACGGUGAAUGUUAACGAAGACCGGCCAGCCGGCACCACGGUGGUGUUGAUCAGUGCCACGGACGAGGACACGGGCGAGAACGCCCGCAUCACCUACUUCAUGGAGGACAGCAUCCCCCAGUUCCGCAUCGACGCCGACACUGGCGCGGUCACCACUCAGGCCGAGCUGGACUACGAAGACCAGGUAUCUUACACCCUGGCCAUCACUGCUCGGGACAAUGGCAUCCCCCAGAAGUCUGACACCACCUACCUGGAGAUCCUGGUAAAUGACGUGAAUGACAAUGCGCCCCAGUUCCUGCGGGACUCCUACCAGGGCAGCGUCUAUGAGGACGUGCCCCCCUUCACCAGCGUCCUACAGAUCUCAGCCACUGACCGAGACUCGGGCCUUAAUGGCCGGGUCUUCUACACCUUCCAAGGAGGCAACGAUGGAGACGGGGACUUUAUCGUAGAGUCCACCUCAGGCAUCGUGCGAACGCUGCGGAGGCUGGACCGGGAGAACGUGGCCCAGUACAUCUUGCGGGCAUAUGCGGUGGACAAGGGGAUGCCCCCAGCCCGCACGCCCGUCGAAGUGACAGUUGCCGUGUUGGAUGUGAACGAUAACCCACCUGUCUUUGAGCAGGAUGAGUUUGAUGUAUUCGUGGAAGAGAACAGCCCCAUUGGGCUGGCGGUGGCCCGGGUCACGGCCACCGACCCUGACGAAGGCACCAACGCCCAGAUCAUGUAUCAGAUCGUGGAGGGCAACAUCCCUGAGGUCUUCCAGCUGGACAUCUUCUCUGGGGAGCUGACCGCCCUGGUGGACUUGGACUACGAGGACCGGCCCGAGUACAUCCUGGUCAUCCAGGCCACAUCGGCUCCCCUGGUAAGCCGGGCCACCGUCCAUGUCCGCCUCCUGGACCGCAAUGACAACCCCCCGGUGCUGGGCAACUUUGAGAUCCUUUUCAACAACUACGUCACCAACCGCUCGAGCAGCUUUCCCGGGGGUGCCAUUGGCCGUGUGCCUGCCCAUGACCCCGACAUCUCAGACAGCCUGACCUACAGCUUUGAGCGGGGAAAUGAACUCAGCCUGGUCUUGCUCAACGCCUCCACGGGGGAGCUAAGGCUGAGCCGGGCUCUGGACAACAACCGGCCCCUGGAGGCCAUCAUGAGCGUGCUGGUGUCAGACGGCGUGCACAGCGUGACGGCGCAGUGCGCGCUGCGCGUCACCAUCAUCACGGACGAGAUGCUCACGCACAGCAUCACGCUGCGCCUGGAGGACAUGUCGCCCGAGCGCUUCCUGUCGCCGCUGCUAGGCCUCUUCAUCCAGGCCGUGGCGGCCACGCUGGCCACGCCCCCGGACCACGUGGUGAUCUUCAACGUGCAGCGCGACACGGACGCGCCCGGCGGCCGCAUCCUGAACGUGAGCCUGUCGGUGGGCCAGCCGCCGGGCCCCGCGGGCGGGCCGCCCUUCCUGCCCUCGGAGGACCUGCAGGAGCGCCUGUACCUCAACCGCAGCCUGCUGACGGCCAUCUCGGCGCAGCGCGUGCUGCCCUUCGACGACAACAUCUGCCUGCGCGAGCCCUGCGAGAACUACAUGCGCUGCGUGUCGGUGCUGCGCUUCGACUCCUCGGCGCCUUUCAUCGCCUCGUCCUCCGUGCUCUUCCGGCCCAUCCACCCCGUCGGGGGCCUGCGCUGCCGCUGCCCGCCGGGCUUCACGGGCGACUACUGCGAAACCGAGGUGGACCUGUGCUACUCGCGGCCCUGCGGCCCGCACGGGCGCUGCCGCAGCCGCGAGGGAGGCUACACCUGCCUCUGCCGCGAUGGCUACACGGGUGAGCACUGUGAGGUGAGUGCCCGCUCAGGCCGCUGCACCCCGGGUGUCUGCAAGAAUGGGGGCACCUGCGUCAACCUGCUGGUGGGCGGCUUCAAGUGCGACUGCCCGUCUGGGGACUUCGAGAAGCCCUACUGCCACGUGACCACGCGCAGCUUUCCCGCGCGCUCCUUCAUCACCUUUCGUGGCCUGCGCCAGCGCUUCCACUUCACCCUGGCCCUCUCGUUCGCCACGAAGGAGCGUGACGGGCUACUGCUGUACAAUGGGCGCUUCAACGAGAAGCACGACUUCGUGGCCCUGGAGGUGAUCCAGGAACAGGUCCAGCUCACCUUUUCUGCAGGUGAGUCAACCACCACGGUGUCCCCAUUCGUGCCUGGCGGGGUCAGUGAUGGCCAGUGGCACACGGUGCAGCUCAAGUACUACAAUAAGCCACUGCUGGGCCAGACAGGGCUCCCGCAGGGCCCAUCUGAGCAGAAGGUGGCCGUGGUGACUGUGGAUGGCUGUGACACCGGCGUGGCCCUGCGCUUUGGAGCUGUCCUUGGCAACUACUCCUGUGCUGCCCAGGGCACCCAGAGUGGCAGCAAGAAGUCUCUGGACCUGACGGGGCCCCUGCUGCUCGGUGGGGUGCCUGACCUGCCUGAGAGCUUCCCCAUUCGGAUGCGGCACUUCGUGGGCUGCAUGAGGAACCUGCAGGUGGACAGCCGACAUGUGGACAUGGCCGACUUCAUUGCCAACAACGGCACUGUGCCCGGCUGCCCUGCCAAGAAGAAUGUGUGUGACAGCAACACAUGCCAGAACGGGGGCACCUGCGUGAACCAGUGGGACGCGUUCAGCUGCGAGUGCCCACUUGGCUUUGGGGGCAAGAGCUGUGCCCAGGAAAUGGCCAAUCCGCAGCACUUCCUGGGCAACAGCCUGGUGGCCUGGCAUGGCCUCUCGCUGCCCAUCUCCCAGCCCUGGCAUCUCAGCCUCAUGUUCCGCACUCGCCAGGCCAACGGUGUACUGCUGCAGGCCGUCACCAGGGGGCGCAGCACCAUCACCCUACAGCUGCGGGAGGGCCACGUGGUGCUAAGCGUGGAGGGCACAGGGCUCCAGGCAUCAUCUCUCCGGCUGGAGCCGGGCCGGGCCAAUGACGGAGACUGGCACCAUGCACAGCUGGCACUGGGAGCCAGCGGGGGCCCCGGCCACGCCAUCCUGUCCUUUGACUACGGACAGCAGAGGGCAGAAGGCAACCUGGGCCCCCGGCUGCAUGGGCUGCACCUGAGCAACAUUACCGUUGGGGGUGUGCCUGGGCCGGCUGGCGGAGUAGCCCGUGGCUUCCGGGGCUGUUUGCAGGGCGUCCGAGUCAGUGAAACCGCCGAGGGAGUCAGCAGUUUGGAUCCCAGCCGUGGAGAGAGCAUCAACGUGGAGGCAGGCUGUAGCCUGCCAGACCCUUGUGACUCGAACCCCUGUCCUGCCAACAGCUACUGCAGUAACGACUGGGACAGCUAUUCCUGCAGCUGUGACCCUGGUUACUAUGGUGACAACUGCACUAACGUGUGUGAGCUGAAUCCAUGUGAGCACCAGUCUGUGUGCACCCGCAAGCUCAGUGCUCCCCACGGCUACACCUGCGAGUGUCCCCCAAAUUACCUUGGGCCCUACUGUGAGACCAGGAUUGACCAGCCUUGCCCCCGUGGCUGGUGGGGACAUCCCACGUGCGGCCCAUGCAACUGUGAUGUCAGCAAAGGCUUUGACCCAGACUGCAACAAGACAAGCGGCGAGUGCCACUGCAAGGAGAACCACUACCGGCCCCCUGGCAGCUCCACCUGCCUGCUGUGUGACUGCUAUCCCACGGGCUCUCUGUCCCGAGUCUGCAACCCUGAGGAUGGCCAGUGUCCGUGCAAGCCAGGUGUCAUUGGGCGCCAGUGUGACCGCUGUGACAACCCUUUCGCUGAGGUCACCACCAACGGCUGUGAAGUGAAUUAUGACAGCUGCCCCCGGGCGAUCGAGGCUGGGAUCUGGUGGCCCCGCACCCGCUUUGGCCUACCUGCUGCUGCCCCCUGCCCCAAAGGCUCCUUUGGGACCGCUGUGCGCCACUGUGAUGAGCACCGGGGGUGGCUCCCCCCAAACCUCUUCAACUGCACCUCAGUCACCUUCUCAGAGCUGAAGGGCUUGGCGGAGCGGCUGCAGCGGAACGAGUCCGGCCUGGACUCGGGGCGCUCCCAGCGGCUGGCCCUGCUCCUGCGCAACGCCACACAGCACACAGCUGGCUACUUUGGCAGCGACGUCAAGGUGGCCUACCAGCUGGCCACCCGGCUGCUGGCCCAUGAGAGUGCCCAGCGAGGCUUUGGGCUGUCAGCCACGCAGGACGUGCACUUCACCGAGAACCUGCUGCGGGUGGGCAGUGCCCUCCUGGACGCAGCCAACAAGCGGCACUGGGAGCUGAUCCAGCAGACGGAAGGUGGCACGGCCUGGCUCCUGCAGCACUACGAGGCCUAUGCCAGCGCCCUGGCCCAGAACAUGCGGCACACGUACCUGAGCCCCUUCACCAUCAUCACGCCCAACAUUGUCAUCUCCGUUGUGCGACUGGACAAGGGGAACUUCGCGGGGGCCAAGCUGCCCCGCUACGAGGCGCUGCGUGGGGAGCGGCCCCCGGACCUUGAGACGACGGUCAUUCUGCCCGAGUCUGUCUUCAGAGAGGUGCCCCCUGUGGUCAGGCCCGCGGGCCCUGGAGAGGCACAGGAGCCUGAGGAAGUGGCGCGGCGGCAGCGGCGGCACCCGGAGCUGAGCCAGGGUGAGGCCGUGGCCAGCGUCAUCAUCUACCGCACCCUGGCUGGCCUCCUGCCCCACAACUAUGACCCGGACAAGCGCAGCCUGAGGGUCCCCAAGCGCCCUGUCAUCAACACACCUGUGGUGAGCAUCAGCGUGCACGAUGACGACGAGCUCCUGCCCCGCUCCCUGGACAAGCCGGUCACCGUGCAGUUCCGGCUGCUGGAGACAGAGGAGCGGACCAAGCCUAUCUGUGUCUUCUGGAACCAUUCCAUCCUGGUGAGCGGCACGGGUGGCUGGUCAGCCAGGGGCUGCGAGGUCGUCUUCCGCAAUGAGAGCCAUGUCAGCUGCCAGUGCAACCACAUGACGAGCUUCGCGGUGCUCAUGGACGUGUCCCGGCGCGAGAACGGGGAGAUCCUGCCGCUGAAGACGCUGACCUACGUGGCUCUGGGGGUCACGCUGGCCGCCCUUCUGCUCACCUUCCUCUUCCUCACCAUCCUGCGUGCCCUGCGCUCCAACCAGCACGGCAUCCGACGGAACCUGACAGCUGCCCUCGGCCUGGCACAGCUGGUCUUCCUCCUGGGAGUCAACCAGGCUGACCUCCCUUUUGCUUGCACAGUCAUUGCCAUCCUGCUGCACUUCCUGUACCUCUGCACCUUCUCCUGGGCUCUGCUGGAGGCCUUACAUCUGUACCGGGCGCUCACCGAGGUGCGCGACGUCAAUGCCGGCCCCAUGCGCUUCUACUACAUGCUGGGCUGGGGCGUGCCCGCCUUCAUCACAGGUCUAGCCGUGGGCUUGGAUCCUGAGGGCUACGGGAACCCCGACUUCUGCUGGCUCUCUAUCUACGAUACACUCAUCUGGAGUUUCGCUGGCCCUGUGGCCUUCGCUGUCUCGAUGAGUGUCUUCUUGUACAUCCUGGCCGCCCGGGCUUCCUGUGCUGCCCAGCGGCAGGGUUUCGAGAAGAAAGGCCCUAUCUCGGGCCUGCAGCCCUCCUUCGCCGUCCUGCUGCUGCUGAGUGCCGCCUGGCUGCUGGCACUGCUGUCUGUCAACAGUGACACCCUCCUCUUCCACUACCUCUUUGCUGCCUGCAAUUGCCUCCAGGGCCCCUUCAUCUUCCUCUCCUACGUGGUGCUCAGCAAGGAGGUCCGGAAAGCACUGCGAUUUGCCUGCAGCCGCAAGCCCAGCCCUGACCCUGCUCUGACCACCAAGUCCACCCUGACCUCGUCCUACAACUGUCCCAGCCCUUACACAGAUGGGCGGCUGUACCAGCCCUACGGAGACUCGGCCGGCUCCCUGCACAGCGCCAGCCGCUCAGGCAAGAGUCAGCCCAGCUAUAUCCCCUUCUUGCUGAGGGAGGAGUCCACGCUGAACCCUGGCCAAGGGCCUCCUGGCCUGGGGGACCCAGGCGGCCUCUUCCUGGAAGGUCAAGGCCAGCAGCACGAUCCUGACACAGACUCGGACAGCGACCUGUCCCUGGAAGAUGACCAGAGUGGCUCCUAUGCCUCUACCCACUCUUCAGACAGUGAGGAGGAGGAAGAGGAGGAGGAGGAGGCUGCCUUCCCCGGAGAGCAGGGCUGGGACAGCUUGCUGGGACCAGGAGCCGAGAGGCUGCCCCUACACAGUACCCCCAAGGAUGGGGGCCCAGGGGCUGGGAAGGCCCCCUGGCCAGGAGACUUUGGGACCACAGCCAAGGAGAGUGGUGGCUCCGGGGCCCCUGAGGAGCGGCCACGGGAGAAUGGAGAUGCCCUGGCUCGGGAGGCGUCCCUGGGCCCCCUUCCAGGGCCUUCUGCCCAGCCUCACAAAGGCAUCCUCAAGAAGAAGUGUCUGCCCACCAUCAGCGAGAAGAGCAGCCUUCUGCGGCUGCCCCUGGAGCAAGGCACAGGCUCUUCCCGGGGCUCCUCGGCCAGCGAGGGCAGCCGGGCUGGGCCCCCCCUGCGCCCACCGCCCCGGCAGAGCCUCCAGGAGCAGCUGAACGGGGUCAUGCCCAUCGCCAUGAGCAUCAAGGCAGGCACCGUGGAUGAGGACUCGUCAGGCUCCGACAGCGACGAAACGUCCAUCUGAGGAGCCUGGGCCUUGCCGGCCAUCAGUGCCAACUCCCCCCACCGGCCCCCUCACUGCACUUUGGACUCCUGGGGCCAACAUCUCCAAGACAGAGUUUUUCAGAAAAGAGGAAAAAAAAAAGAAUUUAAAAAAAAAAAGGAUCUCCACUCUUCAUGACUUCAGGGAUUAAUUUUUUUUAUACGCUGGAAACUGACUCCCCUUUCCCUUCCCAAAGAGGAUAGGACCUCCCAGGAUGCGCCCCAGCCUCUCCUCAGUUUCCCAUCUGCGUGCCUCUGGGAGGAGAGUGACUCUUGGGGGCUUGCCCCCUCACUUGCCAUCACCAAAAGGAAAGGACAAAGCCACAUGUGCCCAGGGCUCACACCCUGCCGGCGGCUCCCGGGCGGGCCUCAGUGUGGCGAGGGGUCGCUCAGCCUGUGCUGCCUCUCCCAGGAACUGAAAAGGCCCUAUCCGGCGAGGGGGCAGAAGGACUCAGUGCCCCCGGACCCCCAAAUGCUGCAUGAACACAUUCGGAGAGAAGUCUGCGCCCCCAGCCAAGGGCCGGGCCACCCCAGCCCCUCUGCUGGCUGCGGGCUGCAGCCCAGGUGUUUGCUCAGUUUGCUGACCCAAAAGUGCUUCAUUCUCCCUGCCCACCCCGGCCCUGGUCCGGCCGGGGAAGGCCAGUCACGUGUUAAGUUGCGCUUCUUUGCUUCUUUGCUGUCGCCUACGUGGGGCUGGGAGGAAGAGUAAGCACAGUGGGGGCUGGGGGUGGGGGGCUCAGUUGCCCAGGGCGGGCUUCAAGCACAGAUUUCAGGUCUGGGUUCUGGUGUCCACUCCCGCUCUCCCCACAUCCCACCGAGGCCACUUGGUCUGACUUGCUGUGGCCUCUGAGACAGGUUCGACUUUUAACCCCUUCUUGGAAUUGGCUCUCUUCUUCAAAGGACCAGGUCCUGUCCCUCUUUCUCCCCUGUGCCACCCCAGCUCCCUGCGGAGAGAGAGUUAAUAUAUAUUUUUAUUUAUUUGCUUUUUGUGCUGGGAUGGGUUCAUGUCCAGUCCCAGGGGGUGUGGUAUGGCCAUCGCAGGUCGGGUGUGUCCCCAGCAGCCCUGGCUCGGGGGCCCAGAGCCCUGUCCUCGCUCCAGACUGUCUCCCCACCUCUCCUCCUCCUCUUCCUCCUCCUCCUCUUCAUUUUGCCAACUCUGUUCAUUUGAGUCUCCCUGUCCUCUGAGCAUGUACUCCAGACUUGUCCCUGGCUUUCCCUCUGGAGCAGGUGGCUAGCAGAGAGGCCAGGGGUGCAAGGGAACGUCCCUGGUGCUCAUCUGUAAAGCUGGCUUCAGGCUUCCUGCCGUGGAGCGCCCCCUGCCCUCUCCCCUCAGCAAUUCCUGCAAGGGGUUAAAAUGGAACUUGUUAUUACUACUGAUGACUUGACUUAAAAAGAUACAAAGAUGCUGGAUGCUAACUUGAUACUAACCAUCAGAUCCUACAGUUUGAUUGUUACUGUAAAUACCGUAGAGUUUUGUUGUUGUUGGCUUUUUUUCAUCCCCCAUACUACUGAAUAAACUAGUUCUGUG